CGUACACCGCGGGUUAAAAAUCUAGGUAAGUAGAAAAACCAACCUUCCGAAAGUCAGAUCAAAUUAAAUGGCUUCCUCUUCCUCUACUCCUCCGGCGGCGCUCUCUCCUCUUACGGAAGAGGAACUAACUUUGACGGUUAAGUGGAAUGGAAAAGAGUACACCGUCCGAAUCUGUGCCGAUGACUCAGUGGCCGAGUUAAAACGUCGCAUCUGCCUUCUCACCACCGUCUUACCGAAACGCCAAAAGCUUCUUUAUCCCAAGAUCGGAAACAAACUCUCUGACGAUUGUCUUCUGCUCUCUUCGAUCUCCUUUAAGCCCUCGCUUAAGAUGACAAUGAUCGGUACUGUUGAAGAUGAUAUAAUAGUGGAUCAAGCAGAAUCUCCAGAAAUUGUUGAUGAUUUUGAGCUUGGUAAGGAAGAAGCUGUGGAUGUUAAAGACAAGGAAGUCAAUAAGCAGAAGUUGAGGAGAAGAAUUGAUCAAUACAAGAUAAAUCUUCGAACGCCUUGUCGCAAAGGCAAGAAACUUCUUGUUCUAGAUAUUGACUAUACAUUGUUCGAUCAUCGUUCUACAGCGGAGAACCCCUUGCAGCUUAUGCGUCCUUAUCUCCAUGAAUUUCUUACUGCUGCAUAUGCAGAAUACGAUAUCAUGAUAUGGUCUGCUACCAGCAUGAAGUGGGUUGAGUUGAAGAUGACAGAGCUGGGAGUGCUCAACAAUCCUAACUACAAGAUCACAGCUCUUCUCGACCAUCUUGCAAUGAUCACGGUCCAGUCAGACACUCGUGGCAUUUUUGAUUGCAAACCACUAGGCUUAAUUUGGGCACUACUUCCUGAGGUAUUCACCUUACUCUUUACACAUAAAAUCUUGAUCUUUCUUUGUAAUGGCUAGG